AGGAUGGCCAAAAAAUGAAACCCUGCCCUCAUUCCUCGUAGCAUGUCGUUGACGGUACGGCUCUCUAAACCCUAAGCCCUUGUCCGCAUCACUUCAUGCUAGAAGCUGAGUGAAGAACUGUAGACUAUCAUUUCUAGUUUCAACCAACCUCUGAAGAAGAAGCCGAUGAUUAUUUACCGUUCCGCUUUGAUGUUACAUCUCCAAAUACCAUCAAUUCGAUCCCAUGUCUUCUCCCAUUUCAAGCACACAUACUUCUUCCGCUUCACUUCUUCGCCUUCUUUGGUUAAUGUUCCCUUCAUUUCGCUUUCUCGUCCUCGCCAACGGCUGUUCAAGGCGUUCGGGAGUGCCAUCGUGGCGGCCGCAAAUACAAAAAGGAUAGACACAUUCUUGGCGGAAGAAGAUGUUUCGUGGAAUUCACUUCGUCUGUCUGAUGCCAUUUCCCGAGCUCUCUCUAGUAUUGGCCUCGAUAGGCCAUCUCUGGUCCAGGCUUCUUCUAUACCGUCUGUGCUUUCUGGAAAGGACGUGGUUAUUGCAGCGGAGACUGGUAGUGGUAAAACACACAGUUAUCUAGUUCCUCUAAUUGAUAAGCUACGAGGUUCACACUACAAUUCUGCCAAUGCUGUCAGUUAUCAAAAAGAGCCUCUCUGUAAGAUUCUGCUAGUUCUGUGUCCAAAUGUACAACUCUGUGAACAAGUAGCUCAAAUGGCUAACAGUAUUUGUGGGGACGAUGGUACGCCGAUGGUUAGUGUGGCAGCCAUUUGUGGAAGACAGGGAUGGCCUAUUCAUGAACCAGAUAUAAUUGUGACAACACCCGUUGCUCUUCUAAACUAUGUUGAACAAAACAGAAACCGCCGAAUGGAAUUUAUGCGCAGUGUUAAAUAUGUGGUCUUUGAUGAAGCUGAUAUGCUUCUCUGUGGGAGUUUCCAAAAUAAAGUGAUUCGUCUGAUAAACCUGCUUCGCUUUGAUGAAAAGCUCUUAUCCCAAUUGAAAGAACCAGUAUCAGGGUUGCCAUUGGAGCUAGAAUCUACCUUGUCAUCACACAGUGACAGUGCCAUAUACGGUGAACAGAAACAGCCUACUGAAGACACCAUCUCAGAAGAUGGGAAUGUUGAUAUUGAUACCCAUAUGGUCGACACCAAUAACAAAGCUGGUUCAAUCAAGAGAAGAGACUGGAGGAGAGUGAGGAAAAAUUAUGAGCAUAGUAAGCAGUACCUUUUUGUUGCCGCCACACUUCCUGUGAAUGGGAAGAAAACAGCUGGAGCAAUAUUAAAACACAUGUUUCCUGAUGCUGAGUGGGUUAGUGGAAAUUAUCUUCAUUGUCACAAUCCAAGAUUGGAGCAGAGGUGGGUUGAAGUUACUGUUGAUACACAGGUGGAUGAACUCAUAAAAGCUGUGAGACAAGGUUUCAGUCAAGAUUUGGAUGGUUUUGGGGGCAUUUCUCGAACAAUGGUGUUUGCCAACACUGUUGAGGCUGUUGAAGCAGUGGCAAAGAUAUUGGUCAGAUCUGGGAUUGAAUGUUUACGCUAUCAUAAGGAUCGCACCUUGGAUGAGCGAGCUAAGGCCUUAGUUGAAUUCCGAGAGAAAGGUGGUGUUCUUGUAUGUACUGAUGCAGCUGCUCGUGGUGUUGACAUUCCAAACGUCUCACAUGUUAUCCAGGCAGAUUUUGCUAGUUCUGCUGUAGACUUUUUGCAUAGGAUUGGCAGAACUGGUCGAGCUGGUCAAUUUGGACUUGUGACUAGCAUGUACACUGAAUCUAACAGGGAGCUUGUUGAUGCGGUUCGCCGAGCAGGGGAACUUGGUCGACCAGUGUUCUGCAGGAGAGAGCAUUUAGUAGAAAAAGAAGUUUCCGUAACAAGAUCAAGAAGAGGGCGGCAAACCUAGACAGAGAUUCAGCCAUUGUUAAAGAGAGUGCUCUGGCUUGAAAAUACGAGGUCAUGUAGCUCUCAUUCUAAGCUACGUGGGUGCCAAUUGGAAGUGCAUUAGCUGUUACGCCCAUAUGACUCCGAGUGAACCGCUCUGUUUAUCCCUUAGAUAUAAAUGCAUCAUCUAUUGGAUUCUACCAUUUGAUGUGAAUUGCUCAAGACCCUGAAUCCGCCCCGUACGAGAAACUAAUUGUCGCUGGUACAAAUUCUUCCUAGCAGAGUCCUUUAUCUCUGGUUCAUUAAUUUGCUAGCUGAUCCCUGUUGUGUCUGGUAAUAAAGUUUAUCAGAAGUGUGAUAAUAAAGUUUAUCACGCCAGGUGUAAAUUAUGAGGCAUUUAUUUUGCUGA